UAUAUGUUAAAAUAAGGAACGUUUGCUAUUCUCUCACGAAGUCAAGAUCCAUUUUUAUGCCGGUUUAUGAAAUACAUACAUACAUAUGUAUGUACAUACCAGCCCUAGUUUUAAUUCUGCUUUCAAAUGGAACUGAAAUCUAUAUAAGCAUAGUAGAGAGUUGAAGUUUUUGAAAUACGAUUAUUCUCGAAUAAAAAACUGCUCAAUUUAAAAAAAACACAAUUAUUUUGUUACAACGAAGCCUAAGCAUGACUGUGAAAAUUGUACAUGUUUAAGUUAUGCUAUUUUUUAAUUUACACAUUUGAAAAGUUUUAUUUUUGGGAAUGGCUAAAAUUAGAAGGUGGAUUUCUCAACGCUCAGAAAUUGCUCUUUGAGAAGAAAUAGCGUCAGUUGUGUUUUUAUGUUUGAUUGGAAGUGCAUGCGAAUAUUCCGGAAGAUUUCGAGUGUUGCGAUAUACAUACAUACAUACAUAUAGGACAUAAAUGCAUAUUUUUUUAUUAUUUAUGGAAGUAUAUGUCUGUAAAUAACGGCACACAGCGUCGAUACAAUUGUAUCGCAAUCAGACUGCUUAAAUAACUCAUAGAAACAAGUGAAUUCCUUUGAAGUUCAACACGAUUUGUGGACAAAAAGUAUCAUUGUAUUUGGUUCAGAACUAAAUCCUCCAGAAGUAAUGGCAACGGUAGAGAAACAAUCGUCGGAACAACAUGAGGGCGAUGUCACUUGCUUGGCAUACCACAACAGCCAGCUGUUCUCUGGCGGCGCCGAUGGCAAAAUCAAAAUUUGGGAUAAUGAUUUGAAUCUAAUUAAAUCCGUGGAUGCGCAUGACAGUUACAUAUACGCGAUGGCAAUAAAUUCGAAUAACGGUAAACUAUACUCCAGCAGCUGUGAUGGUUGUGUGAAAUUUCUGGCACCACCUUACGACCAAAUGGAGCAGCUUUUCUGCUGCGAGGAUGUCAUCCAAGCGAUGUACUGUGACGGUGAUAUUUUGUAUACGGGUGAUGAGAAGGGGGUCGUUACGAACUGGAUAGAUGAUAAAAUCAAAUUCAAAUAUAAUCUGGUUGAAGAGGUGAAGUCGCUGGGGGCUGAGAAAUCUCUUAUAUAUACAGUUCGAGAUUUGGACGUGGUGGUGUCGGACAUGAUUGCUGGCAAAUCGGGCAAAUACAGCAACAAGGCUGUGUUGCCGGGCAAAUCGCCGUUGGCGCUAGUUGGUCCUGUGAUCGAUGAUAAACGCACUUUCCUUGUGUUCGCCGAUCGUAGUGGGAAAGGAUUGUCUCUCGUGAAGAAUCUGCCGCAACAAAAAUUCGAAAGUGUUUGGAAUUUAACGAAUUGCCACGAGUUGAUCAUUCAAGCGAUCUGCGGAGACGAGAACACCGUCUACAGUGGCGGCUAUGACAACAAGGUAAAAGGUUGGACCAAUUUGGAACAGGCGGUACCCACACCUCUUGGCGAAGUAGAAGUCGGCAGUUGUGUAAAUGCGCUGGUGUGUAGCGGGAACAAGCGGGUUUUCAUUGCCACAUCAGAUGGUUUUGUGCGAAGAGCCAAAUUUGUUUAGUUUUAAUAAUAGGGGAACGACUGCUGUUCUAUGAAAAUAAAUUUCACAUUAGAAAAAACAAUUUUACAUUAAAAUUUAAAGGAAACUUAGUCUAAAUCUGUAUAUUAUAUUGGAAGAGGAAGAAAGAAUUGCAGGUUUGCUAAAAAGACAAGUAUUUUUUCAUUCAAAAUAUUUUUUAUUAGCUGCUCUUGGGUUAUUUUGCAAAAAAAAACAUUUAUGUUUUAACAAGUUGCAAAAUUUUUCACUUUUCUUGUACAUUACAAAAUGCCUGUUGCUAAUUGAGUUCAUAAGCAGUAUAUUAAAUAAUGUUUAUAGUUUCUUUCAACAUAGCUCUUUCGAUCACCAUUCACAUAAGCUUGUCCAUAUACUGGAAUUUCCAUAUUCUAUUUUCAUAAAUUAAAUGUAUAAAUAUCACAAAAGGUAGUGUGCACUUAAAAAUGUGGUACAAACCGAAAUAAAACAUUUAAAUUUGUAUGUUAAGCCAAGAUCAGGUUACCGUAAUUUGUGCCAAGGAUUGAAAACG